AUGACGACUGCACACCGCCCCACUUGGCACGCCGCUGUCGGCCAGCCAAACGAAGGGGGAUGGCAUGCUGGAGGCAAACUAAGCGACCAAGUGUCGGCUCGCGAUUUACCGGCGCACAGACACUUGAAAAUACGCCAAGUUGGACAGGGUACAGCUAAUGAAGUGGAGCUGCUGGACUUGCGGGAAGAACUGGAGCGGAAGGAGGAGAAAUACGAGCUGGAAAAAGGGAUCAAGAGAAAUACGGCGCAAGACAAGCUGCGACGUCUGGAGCACAACAAGAGGAUUUUGCUGCUGGGCGAUGCUGAAACGGACGCACGGGAGCUGCAACUGAAGAAAGUAGCGAGUAAAUACAAUGAUGCAGACGACGGCGCGGAGUCGGACGAGUCGAGCGAUUCUGACAGUGACAGUGCUGAUGACGAUGAAGAGGCCGAACUGAUGCGAGAGCUCGAGAAAAUCAAGCAGGAGCGCGAAGAGGAACGACUUCGUAAAGAAGAGGAGGAACGAAAAGUGACCGACCAACAAGUUCGUGAGGAGAUCCUUCAGGGAAAUCCGCUGACGCAGCAGCAAGGUACAAGUAGCGCCAAGAUGAAACGUCGAUGGAAUGAUGACGUGGUGUUUCGAAACCAGUCGCGCAACGAGCCGGAGGUCAAGAAGCGGUUUAUCAAUGACACGAUCCGCAACGACUUCCACCGCCGUUUCCUCAGCAAAUUCAUUCAGUAA